CCUUCUUCUCUGUUCUUUCCACACACUUUUGACUCUCACACAAAACUUUUUUGUCCUCAGAUCCGAAUCAUUAACCCCCCUACUAAAUUCCCUUCCCCCUCAAAUUUAAUCUUCUUGCUUUCUUUUUUCGUCUCUUCUCUUUCUUGCAACAUUCACCAUUAAAACCAGCUUCAAUCACUGUUGCUUGAGGUGUUAUGUGGUAUUGGGUUUACUGAUUUGAUGACCAUUAAGUCGUAAAUCGAAUUGUGGGUCGUGAAUUUUGAAUCGGAAAAAGGAUGGAACGGAAUCAGAAGACGGAUCACGUCAUCGGCGGAAAGUUUAAGUUGGGUAGGAAACUCGGUAGUGGUUCUUUCGGUGAACUUUAUUUAGGGAUCAAUAUUCAGACUGGAGAAGAAGUCGCUGUUAAACUGGAAGCUGUGAAGACGAGGCAUCCUCAACUGCAGUAUGAGUCCAAGAUAUAUAUGCUUCUUCAAGGAGGAACUGGUGUUCCCCACCUCAAAUGGUUUGGAGUCGAGGCUGAAUACAGUUGCAUGGUUAUCGACCUUCUUGGCCCCAGCUUGGAGGACUUGUUCAAUUACUGCAAUCGGAAGUUCUCUUUGAAAUCUGUUUUAAUGCUUGCUGAUCAGUUGAUAUGCAGAGUUGAGUACAUGCAUUCCCGGUGUUUUCUUCACCGCGAUAUUAAACCUGACAACUUUUUGAUGGGUCUUGGCCGCAAAGCAAACCAGGUUUAUAUCAUCGAUUAUGGCCUUGCUAAAAAAUACAAGGAUCUUCAAACGCAAAAACAUAUACCAUACAGGGAAAACAAGAACCUAACAGGAACUGCACGCUAUGCAAGUGUCAACACGCACCUUGGGAUUGAGCAAAGUAGAAGAGAUGAUCUGGAGUCGCUUGGUUAUGUGUUGAUGUAUUUUCUACGAGGAAGUCUUCCGUGGCAAGGUCUAAAAGGUGGUACAAAGAAGCAGAAGUAUGACAAGAUUAGUGAAAAGAAGAUGCUUACUCCUGUAGAGAUUCUUUGCAAGUCACAUCCAUCAGAGUUCACCUCGUAUUUUCAUUACUGUCGAUCACUGAGAUUUGAGGACAAACCAGAUUAUUCAUAUCUGCGAAGACUUUUCAGAGACCUUUUCAUUCGUGAAGGUUACCAACUGGACUACGUGUUUGAUUGGACGACCUUGAAAUAUCCUCAGACUGGCUCUACUUCGAGACCAAGGCUGACUCCAAGACCAGCCUUGGACCCUCCAGGACCACCUGCAGAAAGAUCUGAAAAAACUACAGUGGGACAAGACCUCCGAGGAAGAUUUUCAGGCGCAAUUGAGGCAUUCACCAGACGAACUGUUUCAGGCCAAGGAGCUCAGGGUGACCAUCACUCUAGACACAGAUCUUCUGAUGAUGUACCACCCUCUUCUUCCAGAGAAGUGCACGAGUCUGAUAGAAAUGGAAGUACCUCAAAGAGAGGUGUGAUGUCAAGCAGACCUGGCUCCUCCUCAGCUGAACCAAGCGAGAACCGCUCAAGCCGAUUCUUUUCAAGUGGAUCACGGCUCGCCACAACUCAGCAGAACUAUGAGUCUAAGGCAUCAUCUGCAUCUGUCAAGCCUGGGCCUAAUGAUGCCAUUAGAAGCUUUGAGCUCCUUACCAUCGGCUCUGCGAAGAACAGGAAAUGAAGAUAGGGACGGAGAAGUGGAUAAGAACGAAAAGACAUAUGUACAUUGUUUGUGUUGAAGAAAUUGAAAGAGAUAAUCUUAAUCUGCCUCUCCCAAUCUCAUUGUUUGUGUUGAAGAAAUAUUAUUCACAUCCUUAAAGUGUAACGUGUGAAGACUACAGUUUUUUUUUUUUGCUCUUCUGUUCUCUAAAACUUUAUUGUAGAGAUGAAAAUAUAAAAUCUACCUUGUCGGAA